UACCCUUACAGAUUAAUACUGCAGGUAAAUUGACAGAAGUUUGUGUACUACCUGACAAAGUGGUACCAAAGUUUGUUGGCGACGCAUCAAUGGCAUAUUAAUCGUUCACACCGCUGUUUUUAAGUAUGCUACCUUAGGAUUAACAAAGCUAUGAAAGAAUUUGCAAUUUUUUGAUGAAUAUUGGAUUUUAUCAGGAAUAUAUAUUUUUGUCUGCGAGUGUGACAGUGUGCAAUUGUGAGUCAAAUUAGUCAUGGCAUCGGCGAAAGUUGCCAAAGUUAAAAAACAGACUAGCCCAACGGGUAAAAAGGGUUCAGAAAAUACUGAAGAAGGAAAGAAACUUUCAGAUUAUGAAAUUUUAUCGACAAUUGGAACGGGUACGUUUGGAAGAGUGGUGCUGGCAAGAAAUAGAGAGACGAGGAACUACUUUGCGCUCAAGGUUAUGGCAAUAACAGAUGUGAUUCGACUACGCCAAGUGGAACACGUAACCAACGAAAAAGAAAUCCUUUCAUCAAUAACUCAUCCUUUCAUUGUUAACAUGUUUUGGGCAAAUCAUGACGAUACAUUCCUCUACAUGCUGAUGGAAUAUGUCCCGGGCGGUGAAGUGUUUUCAUAUCUGCGCAACUAUGGACGCUUUAGUAAUACGAUGGCGAACUUUUACGCCAGUGAAAUUGUGUCAGCUUUGGAGUACUUGCACUCUCGCUCAAUAGUGUACAGGGAUUUAAAACCGGAAAAUUUAUUGUUAGACCGUGAUGGACAUUUGAAAAUUACCGACUUUGGAUUUGCAAAGAAAUUGUUAGAUAGAACAUGGACAUUAUGCGGCACACCGGAGUAUUUAGCACCGGAAAUUAUACAAAGUAAAGGUUAUAACAAGGCAGUGGACUGGUGGGCUCUAGGAAUUCUUUUAUUUGAAAUGAUUGUUGGGACUUGGACGCUUUGUGGUACGCCAGAAUAUCUCGCUCCUGAAAUUAUACAGAGUAAGGGUCACAGUAAGGCAGUUGAUUGGUGGUCCCUAGGAAUUCUCAUUUUUGAAAUGAUUGUUGGGUUUCCACCAUUUUUUGAUGAUCAACCAUUUGGCAUUUAUGAAAAAAUUCUAUCAGGAAAAAUUGACUGGCCAAGACAUUUAGACCCAGUAGUAAAAGAUCUCAUAAAGAAAUUGCUGGUUCCCGACAGAACUAAACGGCUGGGAAACAUGAAGAAUGGUGCUGAAGAUGUGAAGAAACAUAAAUGGUUCAAGUCAAUAGAGUGGGAAGACGUCCUGGCACGAAAACUUACU